GUGCUCUUCAGGUACCGCGGAAGAGGCAGUGUUGAUGUUUUGUCUGUCAAACUGACUCGAAUUUAGGCGGAAACUUUUCACCCAGACAUGCCUCCCGGAGCGUCGGACACCGCGGGCUGAGCUCCGAGCCGCGACAAACAUGGAGGCGAAGUUCGGCAGCGAAGUGGCGUCGAUGGUGGAGGUGGCCAUCCAGGCGGCGGUGUCGGUGUGCGGGACGGAGGCGGCGUGGGACGAGUCCCGGCUGGGGGAGAUCCGGGAGAUCGAGCGCUGCCUGGUGAUGCAGAUCCACAGGGCGUUCGCGGAGGUGUCCUCGGAGCUGCUGGAGGAGAACGAGGCCCUGCGCGCCCGGGUGGAGCAGCUGGAGGACACGCUGCAGAGGAAAGCCGGCCAGCUGCAGCAGGAGCUGGAGGCCAGAGUGGGACAGCUGGGCAGAGACAUGGAGCAGCUGGAGAGGGAGCUCAAGACCUUCAGCAGGGCGGGGGCGCAGGUGGAGGCCGCAGGAGGACCGGUGCUCUCAGCCCCCGCCAGCCCCUCCAGUCCCGCGGCGGCCUCCCCGGUAUGCGGAGCUCCCUCCCAGCUCCUGGCGGAGGCCGGCCAGGCGUUCGCUCCGCCUCCGUCCGUCGUGUACGAAGAGGUGGAAACCACGCAGCUCCUCCUGCAGCCGGCCGCCUCGCCGGCGUCCGCGGCCCAGGGCGUCCCCAGCCCCGCCUCCAGCACCGUCAGCGGUCUGGACCCGGCACAGGAGAAGAGAUGUGUAGAGAAGGAUUCCAGCGGCAGAUCGAGGAGGACGAGGAGAGCUGCUGUGAAAACUGAGACAGCGUCUCCUGACGUCGACCCUGAAGAGAGCAAGCCGAGCGCCGGCGGGCGGAAGCUGCGGAACACUCAGUCUCAGACGGCGAAGCGUUUCUUCUGCGACCACUGCGACGUCGGCUUUCACUGGAAGACCGAGCUGAAGAAGCACGCCAAGGUCCACAAGAAGCGCUUCCCCUGCCCGCAGUGCGGCCGCAGCUUCAUGGAGAAGACGUCGAUGGAGAACCACCUGCAGCGCCACGGCGCCGCCAAGCCGCCGCUGCCCUUCCCGUGUCCGCAGUGCAAGCGCUCGUACCGGAAGGAGGAGUCCCUGAAGAACCACCUGAAGAGCCACCAGCAGCUCCGGCCGCCCAAGCCCUUCUCCUGCGACCAGUGCGGCAAGACGUUCCGGCUGAAGCAGCCGCUGGAGAACCACCUGCAGCGCCACGAGAAGUGGAAGACGCAGCUCAAGUGUCCGGUGUGCGAGAAGACGUGCAAGACGGCGGUGCAGCUGCGCUGCCACAUGGCCGUGCACUCGGAGGAGCGGCCCUUCAGCUGCGCCACCUGCGGCAAGGAGUUCAAGAGCAAGGACACGCUGCGCUUCCACCAGAUGGUGCACACCAGCGCCCGCAAGUACAAGUGCCCGCUGUGCGAGGAGACCUUCAAGUACGCCCACUCGCUGACGGUGCACAAGAGGAAGCACACGGGCGACAGCCCCUUCGUCUGCGCCGUGUGCGGCCGCUCCUACCGCACCGGCACGGCGCUCAAGAGGCACAACCUGGUGCACACGGGCGAGAAGCCCUUCACCUGCCACAUCUGCGGCGCCCGCUUCAGCCUCAACAACAACCUGAAGCGCCACCUGCGCAUCCACACCGGCGAGAAGCCGUUCGCGUGCCAGGAGUGCGGCAAGAGCUUCUCCGACAACAACAAGCUCAAGUCCCACAUGCUGAUCCACGGCGCCCGCAAGCCCUUCAUGUGCGACCUGUGCGGGAAGACCUUCCUCUUCAACUGCAGGCUGCUCAUUCACCAGAAGUACGUGCACGCCAACCAGGGCGAGGCGGCGGCGGCGGACGGCACGCAGGCGCCGGGCCAGCCGCGGCGCCAGAACAAGUCCCUGGUCAAGCCCUUCAGCUGCAAGAUCUGCCUGCGGGGCUUCAGCGCCGCCAACUCGCUCAAGCUGCACGAGCGAGGCCACAGCGAGCACAAGGAGUUCAACUGCGCCGUGUGCGGCAAGGCCUUCCACAACAAGUACUCCUUCAGCUACCACCAGCGCAGCCACACGGGCGAGAAGCCCUUCGUCUGCGACGUGUGCGGCAAGCGCUUCUUCCAGGCCGCCAGCCUCAAGCAGCACGAGCGCAUCCACACCGGCGAGAAGCCGUACAAGUGCAGCCAGUGCGGCAAGGCCUUCAGGACGGACGGCAACUUCUACCGCCACGUGCGCAUCCACACGGGCGAGAAGCCCUUCGAGUGCUUCUACUGCCACAGGAAGUUCCACCAGUCCAACCAGCUCAAGUCCCACCUGCAGGUCCACACCGGGGAGAAGCUGUACUCCUGCCAGCAGUGCGGCCAGGGCUUCUCCGACUCGCGGCAGCUCAAGAAGCACGCCUGCAACGGCCCGCCGCCAGAUCCUGACGUCGUCGUGGAGAUGUUGGCUCGAGAGGCAACCAGGAAGAUCAGCCUGGUGUUUACCCAGCUCUCAUUGCUGCUGCGGUCAGAAAACCUGACUCUGAAGGCCCGGGUGGAGCAGCUGGAGAGCCAGCUGAAGGCCGUGAGCGAGAGUUUUGAAAACGCUCGUUUGUGGAGGGAGAACGUCCUGAGCGGCUGCCCCGUACUGUUCGAGCGCAGCGGCCUGAUCUUCACCCUGAAGCCGUUUGGAAAGUUAAAGGGAAAAACAGAUGAAGGGACCGAGGAAGUCACCUCUGCAGAAGGUCACACCUCCCCAUCAGCAGCUGAGCCUGAGGUCAGACGGGAGACCGAGGUCAGGAGGGCAGGGAAGGUGUUUGUGUGCGACGUCUGCAACAAGAGCUUCAGCCGUCAGUUUCAUCUCACCAAGCACAUGAACACCCACCAAGAGCAGCGGCCUUUCGCCUGCCAGCAGUGCCCCAGGAGAUUCAGGGACGCCUCCACCUUCGAGUACCAUCUCCUGCGACACGAGGAGAAGCGGCUGGCCUCGUUCCAGUGCCAGCUCUGCAGCAAGACCUUCAAAACCAAGAUGCACCUGAAGACCCACCAGCUGGUCCACACCGACGCCCGGCCGUUCGUCUGCGGCACCUGCGGGAAAGGCUUCAAGACCAAACACAACCUGCGGGCGCAUCAGGCGGUGCACACCGCCGAGAAGCCGCACAAGUGCCCCGAGUGCGGCGAGGGCUUCCGGUACGCCUUCACGCUGCAGUGCCACCGCAGCGUCCACACCGGGGAACACCCGUACCGGUGCACGCAGUGCGGCAAAGCCUUCGUGAAGAGGCGCUCGCUCAGGACGCACCAGGCGGUGCACAGGGGCAAGACGUUCACCUGCGAGACGUGCGGCGCCGGCUUCACCCUGCAGCACAACCUGAAGCGGCACAUCCGGAUACACACCGGCGAGAAACCCUUCGCCUGCAAAGUCUGCGGGAAGAGUUUCGCUCAGGACAACAAGCUGAAAGUGCACAUGCUGCUCCACGGAGCGUCCAAGGCCUUCAUGUGCGACCUGUGUGGGAAGACCUUUCUCUACAACUGCCAGCUGAAGAGGCACCAGAAGGUCAACCACGACAACGAGCACGGGCAGCCGGCGAGGAGACGCGCCCGAGAGCACGGCCAGCGCAGGGUCAUCUACCGGCGGGACAGGACCACGCUGGACGUGACGCCGUUCGGCUGCAAGACCUGCCACAAGGGCUUCGACACGGCGAGCGCGCUCAAGAGGCACGAGCUGAUCCACACGGGCCACAUGCAGUACAGCUGCGCCACCUGCGGGAAGUCCUUCUUCUACAAGGCCACCUACGACUACCACCGGCGCAUCCACUCGGGCGAGCGCCCCUUCGGCUGCGGCGUCUGCGGCAAGACGUUCAUCAUCCGCCAGGCCCUCAAGUCCCACCAGCUGCAGCACUCCGGCGAGAAGCCGCACAAGUGCGAUCAGUGCGGCAAGGACUUCAGGAUUUACACCAACUACCUGAGACACCUCCGCGUCCACACCGGGGAGAAGCCCUACGAGUGCGAGGUCUGCGGCGUGAAGUUCAGGCAGCUCGGACACGUCAAGUUCCACAUGCAGGUCCACACGGGGGAGCGGCCCUCCAAAGGUGAUAUUUGGCGCCGGAACCCCGCAGAAGAGCGCGCGACCCCCGGUCCAGGCGGCAUGUCGGACCUGGAGACGCAGGUCUGCUCCGUGCUGGAGAUCCUGGUGAACUCCGCCGUGGCAGAAAUGAACAAAGUUAUUUGCGGCUCCGCUGCGGCCGCUCCGGAGGAGUCCUCCUCUGAAGACAUCCACAUCUCCACGGAUGAGAAGGUGAUCCAGUUCAGCGUCUUCAUGACGGCUCUGGCUCAGGACGCCGUGGAGAAGCUCUGCCAUCUUUUCCACCAGUGUUCGUCUCUGCUGCGGCUCGAGGUGGCGCAGGGCCAGGCGGAGAUGGAGGUCAUGAAGACGAGGCUGGAGGAGGCGGAGAAGGAGCUGAGGCUGCUGCUGGAGCCCGGCGAAGGGCAGAGGGAGGCGGAGGCGCAGACGGAGGCAGGCGGCAGGGCGGAGGAGGCGGAGCCUCAGAGCUCAGCCAGGACAGAGAACGCUGUGAUCGACGUCGACGCCGAAGUGAGAAGAUCUCCCAUCAACGAGCUGUGGAAAGGUCACGAGGACCAGAUCCAGUCGGUGCUGAUCAAGGAGGAGGGCCUGGAGGUUCUGGCUGAAUGUGUGCGCUACACCGACGCAGGCGCGCAGGACGACACCCGCAACGACCCGGACUACCAGGUGGGACAGGACCUUCCCGGCGCCGCCGACCCACUUUUCACCGCCAAGUCUAAACGCGUGGCGAGGCCGAGGUCCGCCCGAGCCCGGGGGAAGAAGCAGGGUCCGGGCGGCGGUGAUGGCGAGGCGCCGCUGAGCUGCAAACGCUGCAAGCAGACCUUCAUCAAGCUGCCGCAGCUCGUGGCGCACCAGGCCAUGCAGGAGGCCAACGCCGGCAAGCCCUUCCAGUGCGCACAGUGCUGCCGUGGCUUCUCCUUACAGAAGAGCCUCGACGCGCACAAGCUGCUGCACAACGGUGAGAGGCCGCACACCUGCGAGCUUUGUGGGAAGGGCUUCACCCUGAAGCAGCUGCUGGUGAACCACCAGCGGCUCCACGCCGAGUCCAAGUCGUUCGACUGCGACCAGUGCAGCAAGAGCUUCUUGCAGGCGUCCGCCCUGAAGAACCACCAGCGGGAGCACGGCAAGCCGCGGGCCCACAUCUGCCAGUACUGCAGCAAGCGCUUCCCCAACCACGGCAACCUGCGGCGCCACCUGCGCAUCCACACCGGCGAGAAGCCCUUCAAGUGCGAGACGUGCGGCAAGAGCUUCAACCAGGCGGACACGUUGCGGGGCCACCAGAGGAUCCACUCUGGCGAGCGGCCCUUCAGCUGCGAGACCUGCGGCAAGGGCUUCAUCCAGAAGAGCGCCCUGAAGAUGCACCAGAAGACGUCCCACUGGGAGGACAACCACCUGGUGUGCGUGGCCUGCGGCUCCAAGCUGGCCUGCGUCGACUCGCUGCGCAAGCACGUGCAGACGCACGCCGUCGUGCCGUGCGACUGCGCCAUCUGCGGCCAGCGCCUGGGCUCCGUGGCCGAGCUGCGCUCGCACCAGCAGCUGCACACGGUCACCCGGCCGCACAGCUGCAGCGUCUGCGGCAAGAGCUUCAAGUCGGCCAGCUACCUGAAGAUCCACCUGCUGACGCACAGCGGCGAGCGGCCGUACAGCUGCGACGUCUGCGGCCGCAGGUUCACGCAGCAGAGCAGCCUCAAGUCGCACCAGGUGGUGCACACCGGCGAGAGGCCGUACAGCUGCGACACCUGCGGGAAGUGCUUCAGCUGCUCGGGGAACCUGGCGCGCCACCAGCGGAUCCACACCGGGGAGAAGCCCUUCUGCUGCCAGACCUGCGGCCGCUGCUUCAACCAGGCCAACAGCCUGAAGGCGCACCAGCAGAUCCACUCCGGGGAGAAGCAGUACAUGUGCGACAAGUGCGGCAAGAACUUCUCCUACCUGAGGAACCUCCGCGAGCACAAGUGCUUCUACGUCUGACCGCGAGCGGGACAGCUGUGUCCAGGCGUUUCAACUGCUCGGAGUCCAGGAGACGUUCGCUCAGUUUUCCACUGAUGAUACACAAACGUAGCGCUUUGAGGUUUGUGUUCAGUGGAAGUUUGCCUUCUUAAUUAUGAAGUUAAUCUUCUCCUUUUUUAAGAACAAAGAGGAUUUUAGGAAAAGAUUUCAGCUUUUGGACUCUAGCAGAGACUGACUCGCGUCAAACAGUGUAAACAGAAAUCUCGCAGUUUGAACGAGUGUGAACGACAGUUUGAAGUGUUUUUGUUUGAAAGCUGAGGAGCGACUGAAACACACAGGAGGAGACGUGAACGGUGUAGCUUCUCUUGGGGAAAGUUUAUUAAUCAUGUCAACGUUUGGGUCAUGAAUGAACUUAAACAAAAAUCCAAAUGUGGCUUUUCUGUGUGGUUUGUUCAGUUUCUGGUGGCUCUGAAAGCAGCGUGGAGAUAAAAGCAGACCACCAAAAAUACAAGCAAGAACUU